CUAACCAACACACACACACAGAUAAACAAACACACACACCGCGAACGAUUUAGGAAUAUAAACCAAUCGAUCGACCGGAGGAGGGAAACACUGCAGCGCAAGCACCGCGGAUUAUUGAGUUAUUCCUGUCAGAAUUCAACAGGUCUCAGUGUGUAAAAUGGAGUCGCUUUUACCUGGAUUCAGAAACACACUCAAGCGUCAGGCAGCGUUUGAGCUGUUUGAGGACCCCAUGUCCCUGUUCUCCGGCUUCUGUCCCCUGGAGGAGGAGCAGGCGGCUCAGGAGGUCCCGUCCGGCCUGGACUGCUUCCCUCAGGAUGCUGGUGUGUGUUCGGUUCCUCUGCUGACGCCCUGCAGUAAAGCUGUGGUCAGUCAGGCUCUGAAGGACAGCUUCAGCGGGUUCUCCAAAGUCCAGCGCAUCUGCGGCAUCUCUGACAACCCGCGCAGGUGGACGAAGCAGCAGGUCCUGCAGUGGCUGUACUGGGCGUCCGGAGAGUUCAGCCUCACCAACAUCAGCUUCUUCAGCUUCGACAUGAGCGGACGGGAGCUCUGUGAGCUGGGCAAGGACAGGUUCCUGGAUCUGGCUCCGGAUUUCGUGGGGGAUAUUCUGUGGGAGCAUCUGGAGCAGAUGAUGAGAGGCUGUGUGGAGGACGAGGAGCUGAAGGUGUCUGACUGCAGCUGGCCCAGCAGUCUCAGUCUGGACGAGUGCUCUCUGACGGCUCCGAAUCCUCACAGUAGUCUCCUGCGAGAGCUCUUCCAGACGUCUGAUGAUGCGGCUCUGCUAGCGUCCGCCGCGGAGCUCCCGGCGUGUGCUAAGCCUCAGCUCAGCACGGUCAGCGUCCGCUACAGGAGCCACGAGUUCACCAAAAACACUCCGCAGCUCCGCACUGCAGGCUCAUCCGGGGAGCAGGCGUCACAGGAGAGUGUGGAGAGCGCAGAGGAGUGUGUGUUGCGCUCCUGGGGAAGCCACUCGUCGCUCGCGGACACCCAACGCGUGCCGUCCUACGACAGCUUCGAGGAGGAGCUGCUGCCGCUGGGCCUCCAGAAACACGGACGCUCCUUCAAAGACUACGUGCAGGAGAGAAACCAGACGCAGGAGACCGGCAGACCCGUCAUACCUGCAGCCGUGCUCGCCGGAUUCACUGGAAGUGGCCCUAUCCAGCUGUGGCAGUUCUUGCUGGAGCUGCUGACCGACUCCACCUGUCAGAGCAUCAUCAGCUGGACCGGAGACGGCUGGGAGUUCAAGCUUACUGACCCUGAUGAGGUGGCGCGGCGCUGGGGAAAGAGGAAGAACAAGCCCAAGAUGAACUAUGAGAAGCUGAGCCGCGGCCUGCGCUACUAUUACGACAAGAACAUCAUCCACAAGACCUCGGGGAAGCGCUACGUCUACCGCUUCGUCUGCGACCUGCAGAACCUGCUGGGCUACACCGUGGAGGAGCUGCACGGCCUGCUGGGAGUUCAGCCGGACAGCGAGGACUGAGCGUGCGCGCGCGCGUGUGUGUGUGUGUUUCUGCAGGCCGCUGCGGGUCUGUGUUUAUGGCUGAUGCCGGAGCAAACGUUUCUCCUGUGAUGAGAACGGCCACACUUUGAGCCGCUCACACACUCUCUGCACUGAUCUGAGGACAGUGUGUGUGUGUGUGUGUGUGAGCGCUGCACACUGGUUUAUUGAGCGCUGGAUCUUCAGCAGUGUUUCUCACAUGUGUCUGACGCUCAGCUCUCUCUCUCUCUCUCUCUGUGUGUGUGUUUCUGAUGAUCUUGUGUAUUGAUUUCCUCUCGCUGCUCUGUGGAGGACGCUUUCGCUCAGGCCAAAGGGACGUGGAGAUCCCGACUGAAUGUUUACUUGACCAAAGCUUCAGUGAUGAUGAUGAAGAUGAUGAUUGUCUCUCCAUCAGGAGCAGAACUCUGUGUUUCCCUCCAGACUCCUGGAGCUUUAUUCUGAUCAUGUACGCGGUCAGCUCUGCGCACGCGUGUGUGUGUGUGUGUAUUUAUAUGUCUGUACGGGCUGUUUUGUAUGGAGAGCUGCUCUCGGAGCAGGUUU